ACUUCCGCCUUCGCUUUUCGUUUGAGGCGCGGCGCUUGAACAUCGUUUUCACUGUCAUCCCGCUAACUUGGGUUAUAUUCCCUAACACCUUUAGCAUAAAAAUUAUUGUCAGUGAUUAAAAGAAGAUGCGUAACUAAUGUUAUUAUACGGAAUCGCUCAGACUUCUGUAGCCGUGCAUCAUUUUAAGAGUCGCGGAAGAUUUCCCUUACAAGAUAAGCCCAGGCUUCAGAGAUGGGUGGAUAACAUGAGGCGGGAGGAGUGGACCCCAAGUCGCCACCAGUGCCUGUGCAGCGAGCACUUCACAGAGGACUGCUUUGAUAUUCGAUGGGGCAUCCGCUACCUGAAGAACACGGCAGUACCGACUGUUUUUCCUUCCACUGAAGAGGAUGGUGAGAAAAGAGUGCGGAGCCCCAAGACCAGACCCAGGACUUUAGAUGCUGACAUUGAGCCCACAGGGUUUGACUCCGCUCUCAGUGGGAGGCCGAUAAUUUUGAGGAGAAUGUGCAAAAAGUUCCAGUCAAAACCAACAAACAACAGUGUUGCAGAACACACACAGAUGAUAUUUGAUCUGCCACAGGUGUCAGACACACAGACAGCUGCUUGUGAGGUACUAGGAGAAGGUGAAAUGCCAACAGCGUCUUGCCUCGCUGUGUCUCGGUGUGACGAGACCCACGCUGAAGAGCCUGCUGAUGCUGCUGUGACUGUGUUGUGCUGUGAGUCGCUGAGCUCUUUCUCAGAUGGAGAGGCAAACGUGGACGCAGCGGCCCUCCAAGCAGCUCUGGGCCAGGUUUUCAGCUUCGCUACAGUGGAAAUGGUUAAGGACAAACCACAGAGCUGUUCAUUGGAGGAAAGGGGACCUGGUGAGGGAGAGCACGUUUCUGUUGACGAGCACUCAUACUGCAGACUGGACACGGACGAAGAUCAGCUCUGGAGCAAGAUCCUGAGUUUGCAUGCAAAGAUCUUGGAACUGGAUCACAGGGAGGAGAGCACCAUGGCUAAGAUCCACGCUCUCGAGACUGAGGUAGCGCUCCUGAAGAGAGACGGGGCUGUUUUCAAGGAGAAGCAGAAAGUUUUAGAAGAUUAUAUUUCAUCCAUGUUGCUCUGAUUUUGGACAUAUAUUCUGGAUGUGUAUGUAUUUACAUUGUUACUAUUGAGUCAUUUUUGCAGACAUUUUGCACAUGCUUUUAUAGAUACCAUUCAUAAAACACAGAGAUACUGAUUGUGCCUGAUUUUACACAACUUUAUUGAUACUUGUUAGUCUGUGACAUUUUCCUGAUUAUCUUUUUAUUUCCUUUAUUGUUUCAAAUCUUAUUUUCAGUGGCUUGUCGGUAUGAAUUCCUGACUCUCUGGACUUUGGUGUGAUCACCACCGUGUCCUUCCUUGUCAAUGUCUCUUUUGCUGGUUUUCUUUAGUAUUUGCAGCUGUUGUAUUUCAUCAUGUUUGAUUGAUUUUCAAUGAUCUGUUUCAAUGUGUUGCUGAAACCUAUCCUGAUCUUCUGUUCUAUGACGUGAUCAACACCACAUUUUAUCUACAUAAUGGCUCUUUUGCUGGUUUUCUUAUGCAUUGUCUUCCAUCCUUGUAUUUCAUCGUCUGGUCUGGUGUUUUAUAGACUUCACCUUUGUUACCCAGUCGAUAAUAGUAUGUCAUGUUUGUGGGAUGUAUUAUAAAUGUCAAUAUUCAUGAUUCUAUUCAUUCUUAGAUUCUGUUUAUUUCCAUUGGAGGUACUUUUUAUAAUUUAGUACAACUACAAAGGUUUUAGAAAAUCUAAAUAUCUGGUUUGCAUGUUCACA